AUGAUGUGUUCUCUGUGGAGCACAGGAAGAACUGACCAGAAGGACAUGAGGGACAUGAGACUGUCUCAGACCCUGGUCCUCACAGUCUCAGACCCUGGUCCUCACAGUCUCAGACCCUGGUCCUCACAGUCUCAGACCCUGGUCCUCACAGUCCCAGUCCCUGGUCCUCACAGUCUCAGACCCUGGUCCUCACAGUCCCAGACCCUGGUCCUCACAGACCCAGACCCUGGUCCUCACAGUCCCAGACCCUGGUCCUCACAGUCUCAGACCCUGGUCCUCACAGUCUCAGACCCUGGACCUCACAGUCUCAGACCCUGGACCUCACAGUCUCAGACCCUGGACCUCACAGUCUCAGACCCUGGUCCUCACAGUCCCAGACCCUGGUCCUCACAGUCUCAGACCCUGGUCCUAACAGUCCCAGACCCUGGUCCUCACAGUCUCAGACCCUGGUCCUCACAGUCUCAGACCCUGGUCCUCACAGUCUCAGACCCUGGUCCUCACAGUCUCAGACCCUGGUCCUCACAGUCUCAGACCCUGGUCCUCACAGUCCCAGUCCCUGGUCCUCACAGUCUCAGACCCUGGUCCUCACAGUCCCAGACCCUGGUCCUCACAGACCCAGACCCUGGUCCUCACAGUCCCAGACCCUGGUCCUCACAGUCUCAGACCCUGGUCCUCACAGUCUCAGACCCUGGACCUCACAGUCUCAGACCCUGGUCCUCACAGUCUCAGACCCUGGACCUCACAGUCUCAGACCCUGGUCCUAACAGUCUCAGACCCUGGUCCUCACAGUCUCAGACCCUGGUCCUCACAGUCCCAGACCCUGGUCCUCACAGUCCCAGACCCUGGUCCUCACAGUCUCAGACCCUGGUCCUCACAGUCUCAGACCCUGGUCCUCACAGUCUCAGACCCUGGACCUCACAGUCUCAGACCCUGGUCCUAACAGUCUCAGACCCUGGUCCUCACAGUCUCAGACCCUGGUCCUCACAGUCUCAGACCCUGGUCCUCACAGUCUCAGACCCUGGUCCUCACAGUCUCAGACCCUGGUCCUCACAGUCUCAGACCCUGGUCCUCACAGUCUCAGACCCUGGUCCUCACAGUCCCAGACCCUGUGCGGGGCGUUGUGGAGCGGCGCGUUGCGGCUUGGUACGGGACGGCGUGGUGCGGGACGGCGUGGUGCGGGACGGCGUGGUGCGGGACGGCGUGGUGCGGGACGGCGUGGUGCAGGGCGGCGUGGUGCGGGGAGUGCGCGCGGUGCAGGGAGUCGCGCGUGCGGGGCGUUGUGGAGCGGCGCGUUGCGGCUUGGUACGGGACGGCGUGGUGCGGGACGGCGUGGUGCGGGACGGCGUGGUGCGGGACGGCGUGGUGCGGGACGGCGUGGUGCAGGGCGGCGUGGUGCGGGGAGUGCGCGCGGUGCAGGGAGUCGCGCGUGCGGGGCGUUGUGGAGCGGCGCGUUGCGGCUUGGUACGGGACGGCGUGGUGCGGGACGGCGUGGUGCGGGACGGCGUGGUGCGGGACGGCGUGGUGCGGGACGGCGUGGUGCAGGGCGGCGUGAGAGUGCCCUCCAGUACACUGCUGUGUCCUGGUGCAGCACCAGUAACAAGAACCAGGCUGAACCAAAUUAUUCAACAGGCCAGCUCUGUGGUCGGGCUGAAGCUGGUUCCUGUGGAGUUGGGAGACCUUCAGGAGGUUCUGGAGAAGCUGCAGACGACAAGGAUCAAUCACUGGGAGAAGAAGUACGGACAGGUCCCCUCUUGUGACUUGGGAGAACACUGUGCGGUCCGGAGAGGCGCUCGUAUCGGCCGCAUGUGCGACUGUCCACAGGGGGCCGUCUGUAACUUCUUCCUCCUGAAGUGUCUGAUCUAG